UCUGGAUGCGAAGAAUAAUUUUCACAAGGAAAAUAGUCUCUGCAUUCUUUCGUUUUCUGUCUCAUUCGAAUGACGGCUCAGAUGGGUAUGAUUGGAAGGUACGUGACUUGCAGGAUAAGCGUGCAUUAGCUAUGAAUUAUAUUGGUGAUAUUAAAAAAAGAGUACCUAUCCAUGAUGCGAUACGCAUAAAGGCCCAGAUUAAUAAUAAGGCUCUCGAUCACAAUGAUGGUCCAAGUAGUCUUUUUGAACCUAUUUCCUCUUUAACUGAACAUGAAGAGACAUACGAUGAUGUUAGAAAAUACAUGGAAACCGUUAUUAAUGGUUUGAUGGAUGAGUUUUCCGGUGACAUUCUUGAUUCCAUUCAUGAAAGUGAUGCUUCGUUGUUGAAGGAUGAAUUCUUUGGUGAUGAACAAACGCGGUCAGAUUGCCUACAGAAAUGGUUGAAAUUCAGACGCGAAGUGUCAGAUUACCAAAGUUAUUUAUCUGUUCCGAUUUCGGAACAAAAUGCUUGGUCAGCGUGGUAUUUGAGACAUGUAAAAGGAAACUUCUCAAACUCAUAAAAUAAUAAUAAUAAUAAUUAUCCAAA